AUGCGCAACGUGAUUCUUUUGGUUACGUGUCUGUCACUGGUCGCCUGCGCAUGGGCGAACAAUCUAGUCAUCGGAGAACGAGAACUCGGUGACAGAGUAAUUGUGAACCGUGUGAUAUUUAAGCCAAAAAUAAUAGGAAGACCACAGAUCGCGAUGUGCAACGCAUGGGCUCCACCCGGUACCCAAAUAUCGUUGAUCAGCGUGACAACUCCACGACCGUUGACAGUGAGCAUCAGAGUCGAGAGUGGUGGCCUUGAAGCAAACCAUGUUCUCGUCAAGGCAAUUGGAUUACCCAGCUGGCCGAUUGCGAUAAAGUGUAUCAUCCUUGUUGCUCCCUCGAAAACCACCACGGGGCAGCCGACAACACCGAAGACCACUACUCCAAAGACGACGACUCCAAAAACAACCACCCCAGAAACAACGACUCCGGAAACUACUACUCCAAAAACAACCACCCCAGAAACAACGACUCCGGAAACUACUACGCCGAAAACAACCAUCCCAGAAACAACGAUUCCGGAAACUACUACGCCGAAAACUAGUAGUACUGGAUCAACGACUACACCGAAUCCAACUGGAACUACUCCUACAUGGCCAACGACAGGCAGCAGUACUGAAUCAACGAGUACACCGAAUCCAACUGGAACUACUCCUACACGGCCAACGACAGGCAGCAGUACUGGAUCAACGAGUACACCGAAUCCAACUGGAACUACUCCUACAUGGCCAACGACAGGCAGCAGUACUGAAUCAACGAGUACAUGGGAACCAACUGAAACUUCUCCUACAUCGCCAACGACAGGCAGCAGUACUGGAUCAACGAGUACACCGAAUCCAACUGGAACUACUCCUACAUGGCCAACGACAGGCAGCAGUACUGAAUCAACGAGUACAUGGGAUCCAACUGGAACUACACCUACAUGGACAACACUAACAGACUGA